GUCGUAGUCACUCCGGUAUGAACCGGUCACAUAUCAUCCGGGCUACAAGGGGAAAGAACAAAAGACAGAGAAAAUUGACAAACUCAAUCAACAAAAUAUAUCAUGUUAUCCCGCUCAGUUAGAGCCGAAACUCGAAGCAGAGCCAAAGAAGACAUCAAACGUGUUAUAAAUGCAAUUGACAAAGUUAGAAAAUGGGAGAAACGAUGGGUGACUAUUGGAGAAACAACCAUGAAAAUUUUUAAAUGGGUACCAGUCACAGCCUCUGAACCCAGUCAGGGUGGAGGUCUUAAAAGAACAAUAAAGGCAAGAGGUAAAACUGUUGCAAAGAAGACAGAAAACAAAGAAAAUACACCAUCUAAUGAUAGGAGCUUUUCUAGUCAAGGUCCCUCAAGUGUUUAUACAGAUGACAACACUCAGCAGUCAACUAUGUCCACAGCUGAUAGUGAAUGUUCUGGGUUUAUAAAUGAAGAUUCAAACCAAUCUUAUGCUGAGAAUUCUAACAUGGCGUUUUCUCAAGUUGGAGAAGAUAGCAAUGAAUCAGAUCAGAAUAGAACAACUGAUGUCAGACUAGCCAUGAGUAUGAUGCGUGAAGAAAAGAAAGAUACAAAUGAUUCCACUACAAGUAAAGAAUCAGAAGAAUCACCGGUCAAGAGGCCAAAAGUAGAAUCAUCAUGAUGACAUUAGGCUAUUGUUUUAUCAUUGUGUCAUCUAAUUAAUUAAUAAUGAUAAUGGGGAUAUUUUUUAAAGAUGUUUUUUUCCCCACAUUAUUCAUGAGAAACAAUUUUAAAGGGAACAUAUUCAUAAAAAGUUCACAUCUAUAAUCAUGAUACUGUCAAAUCAUGUAGUACAAAAUAAAUCAUAAACUCUUAAAUAUAUUGAUAUGAAUUUUGUAGAAUAAUAUGAAUUUAUUAUUUUUUUGUGGUGUCCAAUUUUCAUAGGUAUCGUGGUUACAGGUUAACCAUGAAUUCAAUUUUUCUAGGAAAUACAUAUGUUUCUAUAAGCUUUAUGAAAAAUUGGGCAAAACCAAGAACUCAAGCGUCUAUGAAAUUUCAAAUUUUAUUAAAUUUAAGAUAAUUGGUACCCAUGAUAUUUUAUAAUGAGUCAAUGGAUCAACUAUAUUUGAUGAUGAGUAAAAGUUGAUGAGAUCUGAGUAUCAAUUGUCAUGUCAGAGAUCAAUUGUAAUAGUAAGAUGUAUAUAUGAAUUAUGGCUUGUAAAACUGUGUUCAACAUUUACAUAUUAUUAUUGUAUUAGUUGUUACAUGAAGCAAUUUGUAGAUAUGAUGUUGUAUUAGUAAAAGUUAGUAAAGAUA